AUGUCUUACCCGAAUAGUUUAGGAUCACCAGCAACCGUUACAUCAACAUCAGUUCCAACUGCAAAACAAUCAUCUAUCUCGGUAGCGGUUAGAGUACGACCAUUCACUGAAGCCGAAUCAAACAGAUUAGUUAAAAUCGAUAAUGACGAUGUAUUUUUAGGCGACGGGUGUCUCACCAGUGAUAAUAACAACAAUAACAAUAACAGUAAUAGUAAUGGCAAUGGUAAUGGUAAUGGAUCUAGUGCAGCAAACAGCAGUGGUGCUAGUACCUCAAGGCGAGCCAUAUUCAAUACAUUAGGUGGGCUUCGUAAGAUCAUUAAUGUUGUUGAUGAUCGAAUGUUGAUAUUUGAUCCACCAGAAACCAACCCAUUAACGAAAAUGCAACGUAACGCAUUCCCCAACAGUUUUAAAGGGUCAAGAAUACGUGAACAUCGAUUUGUAUUCGAUCGAUUAUUUGAUGAAGAUUGUACCCAAGAUCAAGUGUAUCGCAACACUACUCAACCAUUAUUGGAUUCAGUAUUGGAUGGAUAUAAUGCCACUGUAUUUGCUUAUGGUGCCACUGGAUGUGGUAAAACUCAUACUAUACUGGGGACACCAGAAGAUCCUGGAGUUAUAUUUUUAACCAUGAAAGAAUUAUAUAAUCGAAUUGAAGAAUUAAAAGAUACAAAAAUUAUUGAUAUUAGUUUAUCGUAUCUUGAAAUUUAUAAUGAAACUAUACGUGAUUUAUUGAAUCCCAUGACUCAAUGCAAAAAUUUAGUAAUACGAGAAGAUGCCAAUAAUAAAAUAUCUGUAUCCAAUUUAUCUCGACAUCGACCUAAUUCUGUUGAAGAAGUUAUGCAAUUGAUUUUAGAAGGUAAUAAAAAUCGAACUUGUUCACCAACAGAAGCAAAUGCUACAUCUAGUCGAUCUCAUGCCGUUUUACAAAUUAAUGUCAUACAAAAAGAUCGAACUGGUGAUAUCACCGAGGAACACACUUUUGCUACUUUAUCUAUUAUAGAUUUGGCUGGUAGUGAACGAGCUGCGGCCACGAAAAACCGUGGCGCACGAUUAAAUGAAGGAGCCAAUAUUAACAAGUCAUUAUUAGCAUUGGGUAAUUGUAUUAAUGCCUUGUGUGAUCCACGAAGAAGAAACCAUGUCCCUUAUAGAGAUUCCAAAUUGACACGAUUAUUGAAAUUUUCAUUGGGUGGGAAUUGUAAAACAGUCAUGAUUGUAUGUGUAUCACCUUCUUCACAACAUUAUGAUGAGACUUUAAAUACCUUGAAAUAUGCUGAUCGAGCUAAAGAGAUUAAAACAAAAUUAAUCAGAAAUCAACAUAAUUUGGAUCGUCAUGUUGGGUCUUAUUUGAAAAUGAUUACUGAACAAAAGCAAGAAAUUGAAGAAUUACGAGCUCGAGAAUCUAAAAUGGUGGAAUCAACAAUCAAUAAACGCAAAGAUUUAGAAUCCAAAGUUUUCAAAAUUUUAUUUGAAAGUCUUGAAUCAACUCGUAAAGCCAUUGCUAAACAAAAUCAGGAGAAAUGGAAAAAAUAUUUCAUAUUGGCGAAAAGAAAAUUAUUAUUAUCACAAAAGAUUGAGACUGAAUUGGUAUUAGAACAACGAGAUGAUAUUGAUAUAAAUUCAUUACUGAUAGCAUCGGGUAAUGAAUCAGAAUCAGUUUUCAAAAUCUAUGAUUUAUGUGAACAAUUAAUUCUGAAAAUUGAAUAUCAAUUACCUCAAUUAGAAUCACAAUAUAGUCAACCAACAGAUUUGGAUUAUAUAUUGGAAGAUUCAGCCAUGCAAACAUUGAAAAGAUUACAAGAUGAAGAAGGAUGGACUGAACAUCAUAGUGCUAUAUAUCGUCAAUCAAUUCAGUCUAUGAAACGUGAAGUUCAUACCGAUUUGUUAUUGUAUUCAUCGAUAUUGUAUGAUAAUUUGAUUCAUGAUUUAAGUAUAUUUUUCUAUAUUCCUCGAGAAAUUGGUAAUUUCAUUAAUAAUAUUUCCAAUCCAACAUCAUUGAAUGAAGCUAAUCAAGAAUUAUUAUAUAAUAUGACACUUGGUUUAGAAAAUUUACUUAAUGGUGAAUUUGAUAGUGCAAUGGAACAUUAUGCCAUGGAUUAUAUGAAGAAUAAAGUUGAAUCAGAAAAUCAAACUCAAACCCAAAACCAAAACCAAAACCAAAACCAAAACCAAAACCAAAACCAAAACCAAAACCAAAACCAAAACCAAGUCAAUAGUUAUAAUCCGGAUGAAAGUAUGAUGUCUAUAGAUAAUGAUAUUAUCCCAAUUAAAAAACAACGGAUUCUUUCACCACCACGACAAUUGAAAAAACCGAAAAAAUCAACUCAAAUACCACCAAUAACCAGAAUAAAUAAUAUUAAUAGUGGCGGUAGUGGUGGUAAUGGUAAUUCUAAACUCAAAAAACCAAGUCAUUGGGGUGAUCGUGACAAGAGUGAUUUGAUGUAUGAUACAAGUAUGGAAGAAAAUUCAUUAAUCACAUCAGAAAUCAAUUUUGAUGAACCAGAUGGAGGAGGAACUCCCGUAGCAAGAUCAUCUCCACCACCACCACUACCACCUUUAGUAUCUUCAAACAAACCACCUAAUGUUCAUAAUAUUUUGGCCGAUGUCAAUGAAUUAGAUCUACCUUUUAAUCCAACAAUAGAAUCUCUGCCCACUCAAGUUCCAACUUCGAAAUUAAUUCCGCCAACAGGAACAGCAACAAUAACAGACAGAGAUGAUAUUGAUAAUAGUAAUAUCAAUAUCAAUGGCAAUGGCAAUGGCAAUGGCAAUGCAAAUAAUUUUACAAAUAAAAGAUUAUUGACUGAUCUUAAACGAAGUCGAUCACUGCUGUUAAUGCUGAAUAAAAAAAUAAUGAUGAAUUUUACUGAUUCAAAAUUACCAUUACUUAAUAAACAAGCUGCAUCAAAAAUAAGUAAUGAUAAUUAA